UAGAAGACAGGCGAACGCGGAGAUUACUGGGGAGGGAGCAAAGUGACUCACUGAUAAUAUCACUACCGGAAAACCCAAUGCACGGAUUAGAUCAAAUAUGCUGGGGUUCCACGACAGAUGAAAGGAUAUUAUCCAAGCUACCUGGACUGGAUUGCUACAUCUUUUCCUUAUGAAGAAGACAAAAACCUGGAUUAUCACAUUUAUUUAUCUUCAACUACAUUUCAUUUGUUUUGGGAGUCCUUGCGGAAAUCCAGUCACUGAUGCUGUAAAUGACAUUGAAAAAUUGGUUGGAAAUCUUCCAAAUGAUUACAAUAUGACCCUGAAAUAUGUUCCACUAAGUGAGGAUAUGCCCAAACACUGCUGGUUAUACCUGAUGCUGAAUGAAUUCUCUUUCCGCCUCGAUGUGCUUUCAACCAAAUUUUCCAGUUCAUCACAAAAUUAUUUAAUCUUAAAUAAUCUUUCUUUGAUAUUCCAAGGAAUCCGAGAUUGUGUCCAACUUAGUGACCAAAUGGACUUUGUAGAAGACUAUUCGCUGCAUAAAGAGGAGGUUCCUCCAAAUAAAUUUUUUAGUAUUGUAAAUCAAACAAUAGAAGUGUUCAAAGAAAUCAACAACACAGGCUAUGAUCAGACCUGUGUUCUACCCACAUCAAGCCAUCCCGACGCUGAUUACAGGAGUCAUGGCACAAAUCGAGAGCUCCCUUAUGUCCCCAGCACCCGCACAAAUAACAGCAGAAUUAUUUCGUCAGACAGAAAAGAGCCUAGCAGCAAUACAUCAUUACACUGGACAAAAACAGCAUCCAUUGCCCUGGGCUGCUUAAUUUUCGGAUUUCUAUUAGGAGCUCUGUGUUUAUGGAAGGUUAAGCACAGAGUUGCCCAAACAGAAACGGAAGUGUCUGGAACUCCAUAUGUAUCUAAAGACGAUAAUACAUGCAUGUUACAACAAAGAGAAAAAACACUCACUGUAAUAUAGAUGUCUCCUUGAAGUUGCAUUUUUAUGAUCUGGUAAGCAGAUUUAUAUAUAAACUUUGCACUUUGUUUAU